AUGAGUGUUUCUAAAGGUUCGUCACAGGAACACCAGGAAGAGCCUAGGACGCUGUUGUUGCUCCUUCGACUCGGUACCCUAAUGGUGCUGAUGUGUCUUCUGACCAUCCACCUGCGUUCCUUGCGCCUAUUUCGCUGGGAGUUGAGCGUUACCGGCGGCUUAGUGAUAGCCUAUUGUGUCGCAGAGCUCGGCCUCGCUUUAUGUGCUGGGACAACGAGCUGUAGUGGGCAUGCAAUUCAGGCGUAUUUAUGCGGCACGGGUGCGGCGUUGCUGGCGGUGAACGCGGGGGUUAUCUGGCAGAGGUGGAAGAGAGCCAGCGUGAUGACCCACGUGGUUGCGGAGCUUCUCGACGUUCUGGGCGUGCCACUGAAACGUCAGGUCAUCAUCAAGGUGACCCUGAGCGCGUUAGCAGCCGGGGGUCUGUUAGCUGAUCUGCUACUUGCUUCCCGUGUCCCACAUCACAAAGCUCCGACA